AUGACAACUAUGAGCGGUGUCAAACGCGUUGCAUUUAACGAUUACGACAAUAAUAAUCAUUGCACCAUUUACGUUGAAGAAGUACUCGAUGCUGCAUAUGGUUGUUACAUUUGGCCAUCAGCAUUGGUACUGAGUGAUUAUGUAUGGUACCACCGUGACGCAUUCGCCUAUAGUACGAUUUUAGAGAUUGGUGCAGGGACAUCGUUGCCAUCGCUGGUGCUUGCCAAAGCAAGUCAGUCAGUGCGUCUCGUACUUUCAGAUAUUCCGAGUAUAUUACCUGUUGUUCGCGGAUGCCUACCACUGAAUGGUCUGCAUGAAUCUGCUGAAGCGCUCUGGGUCCGUGAGCUACUGUGGGGCCAACUGGGGUGUACCAACAGUGUGGAUCAACUUGUCAAAGAUAUCGAACACAAUUGGAAUACAUCCAUUGACUACAUUUUGGGCAGUGAUACUUUCUAUGAUCCUGCAGAUUUUGAAAAUCUUUUGGUAACAGUAUCUUUUAUUAUCCAUCGUCAUAAUCCAAAAUGUAAAUUCAUUACAGCUUAUCAAGAACGAAGCGCCAAGCGUAGCAUCCAGUACUUAUUGGACAAAUGGGGUCUGCAAUGCUCCUCAAUAUCCCGUGAAUCUUUUGAGUUUGACGAAUUCCGUUUUACUCAUAGGGAUGAUACCAGUGAUAAAGAAGACGGUGAUGGUGAUGAAGAUAGCGAUAGCAUCCCGUCAGUCAGAAUGAAUGCGGGUUCAUUAUCAAGCGUGUUUGUCCUCGUUAUCUCAUCAAAAUAAAUCCAUUUGUAAUUUGCUGCACCAUCUUUUCAUGAACAGACAAUUACUGACGCGCUUGCAAAAAAGGUCGAAAUUCAAGAGAGACAUAUGUGGAGGAAGUCGCAGCAAAUCAGGAAUAAAAGAAGAGGCAGG